ACGUCUUCUCCGCCCUUCUUAUUCAUUUCUACUCUGCUGCGUUAUUUCUCCGUCGUCCUCAACUCAUCGCCGGCGUUUACCAUCCGCUAGAUCCGUCGCCUCUCCGGUCGACUAUUUAUAUGGAAUCGUAAAUUUACAGACACUAAUAAGAAUAGUUUGACAAAAUCUGUAGCUGGAAUAAUGUCGAUGAGCAAUUCCUUGAAAAAGCUCUCUUCUUGUGUUCUUAUUGAUCUCGAUGGUACCUUAAUCAACACAGAUGGUGUUGUUGGUGACAUUUUGAGGAAAUACUUGUGUAAAUAUGGUAAACAGUGGGAUGGAAGAGAAUCAUUGAAAAUAGUUGGCAAAACUCCAGUAGAAGCUGCUACUACUAUUGUUGAAGAUUAUGAACUUCCUUGUAAAGUUGAUGAAUUCAAUUCUGAAUUCUACCCUUUGUUCUCUGCUCAGAUGGACAAAAUCAAAUCUCUUCCUGGUGCCAAUAGGUUGAUUCGACAUUUGAAGUGUCAUGGAGUACCUGUGGCUUUGGCUUCCAAUUCUUCAAGAGCAAAUAUUGAAUCCAAAAUUUCAUAUCAUGAAGGGUGGAAGGAAUGCUUCUCGGUUAUUGUUGGUAGUGAUGAAGUCUCUAAAGGAAAGCCUUCUCCUGAUAUUUUUCUCGAAGCAGCGAAAAGAUUGAAGAAAGAUCCAGCUGACUGUUUGGUUAUUGAAGAUUCUGUGCCUGGUGUUAUGGCUGGUAAAGCUGCUGGGACAAAAGUGAUUGCUGUUCCUUCUCUGCCUAAGCAAACACAUCUUUAUACAUCUGCAGAUGAAGUCAUCAAUUCUCUACUCGACAUAAGACUUGAAAAAUGGGGACUUCCUCCAUUCCAAGACUGGAUAGAGAACACUUUACCAAUUGAUCCAUGGCAUAUUGGAGGUCCAGUCAUCAAAGGAUUUGGCCGUGGCUCUAAAGUACUCGGAAUCCCCACCGCUAACUUGUCAACAAAGGAUUAUGCGGAUGAGCUAGUGGAACAUCCUUCGGGAGUGUACUUUGGUUGGGCAGGCUUGGCAAAGAGAGGUGUCUUUAAAAUGGUCAUGAGCAUUGGUUGGAAUCCUUAUUUCAAUAACAAGGAGAAAACUAUUGAACCAUGGCUGCUUCACGAUUUCACUGAGGAUUUCUACGGAGAAGAGCUACGUCUUAUUAUCGUUGGCUAUAUACGCCCUGAGGCUAAUUUCUCUUCACUGGAGAGUCUCAUUGCAAAGAUUCACGAGGACAGGGAAGUUGCAGAGAAAGCUCUUGAUCUUCCUUCGUAUGCUAAGUUUAAGGGUGAUCCUUAUCUGACUAAAUGAUAGAAGCUUUUAUGAAAAGAAUUCAAACACUUGGAUUUGUAAUUUCAUAACUCAAAUCAGACUUGCAUUGUUCUUUAGUACUAUCAGCCUCUUUGAUUUGAUUAACUAGAUAACAACUUUCGUUA